AUGAGUUCACGAGUGGCUGCGUCAUUGUAUAACCCUGUGGGACAGUGGUACGUGAGGAAAGAAGGAAGUAUUGCCAGUGUAGUCGAGCCAAUCGAAAGUCGUAUCGUCGAGUUCUUGAAUUCCGAUGGACUCCGGGUUACAUAUGAACAAAAGAAGAAUGGUGUUAAUGCUGAAUUUCGCGUCAAGUCUCUUACCGAUAACUCCUCACGCCCGGGUUUCUUCAUCCAUACCGGUGCCUGGUACGAUGACUGGGAGGCCCACCGCCGCAACCCCAAGCCCUACGACUGGGCCGUGGUCAAGUUGGGCGGCAACUACGGCGAGAAGUCCAAGCUGCAGGCUACUUACGCACCGGAAGGCAGCGGCAUCACAGGUACUCAAACCGUAGACCCCAGCUUCGCCGGCUGGAAAACACUGUUCCCCGCUUCGCCUUGCGGUCCCUCCCAGUGGCACGGGUGGAAGUUUUCCGCCGAGGUCAGUGAUGUCAAGCGUUUGGGCAACUUUGGUCGUCGGGCUUGA